CGAAACACAUGUUGAUGACGUCAUAAUAACCUCACGCAAAAUGGAUGACACCAUGAAUUUUAAGACCAAGUAAAAUCGACUAAGUAUCGUAGCCGUACUCAUUGAGCCAGCCAGCAAGGAUCAGGAAUGUUUCGUUCGUGUAAGCUCUUUAUAUCCGUUGACGGUCGAGGGUUACUGUCCGACGCUGCGGCUAUUUCUGUGCAAAUGAACUUUGACGGAUACGAAAGUAUUUUUAAUUCUACAACGAAAGUUUUGGCGAAGUUUAAAGGCCUUGAGGAAUCGCAGGUCAAAAUUGAGAAUUUAUUCUACUACAAAAAGCGCGCGAGGUCAACGCGUAUGAGUCCGCAGCUACUGCUGACGUCAACGCAUGCUUUCAAGGCUCUCGCAGAACAUCCCAGCGGUGAAGUUCCAAUAGGGGUGUGUUGGCAACCCAUAAAUCCCCAUCUCAAGUUUAAGGUGCACGAACUUAUAGGUUUAGAGGCUAAUGAAACCUACAAGUUGAAAGUUAAGCAACUUAAGGGAAGUGGACAUGAGUAUGUGGACCACAAAGCUGUAAUAUCCGACAGCGAUCUGGAAAAAUUAAGUGGCAACAGUGUACCGUUUAAUAUUAACACUCCGUGUGGUCUCCAAAACAAAGUGUGGUUUAACUUAAUGUACUACCUUCUGAGGAGAGGUCACAGUCAAGAGAAUUUACGGUCCAUGACAAAGUCAACAUUUGCUAUAGCAACUGAUUCAACUGGGAGAAAGUUUAUACAUCAGGUCAUCGGAGAAUCAACAAAAAAUCACAGAAGUGACGAUACGCCUGAGGAUACCACAGGAGAAGGGAAGCUCUACGAGCAGCCUGGCAGUACGUUUUGUCCAGUCUGGUGCUUUGAGAAGUACCUAUCUAAACUGAACCCUAAACUCGAAGCAUUAUGGCAAAGACCGUUAGAAUUAUUUGAAGAGACCAGUGACAUUUGGUACUGUGCUGCACCAUUAGGCAAGCAUACUUUAUCUGGAAUGAUGCCUAGCAUUUCCAGACAGGCUGGACUUUCAAAAGUGUACACUAACUAUUGCUUGAGGGCUACAUUUAUUACAAAACUUGAUAGACAUGGUUUCAUGGACAUGGACUUGAUAGACAUGGACACGUGCGGAACGAAGCCCAAAGAGGAGCCAGAGAAUGGAGGGCCAGCAAAGAAGAUUAAACUAUAUGAGGCUGCAGAGAAGGUUGCAGACAACAAUGAUACGGGUAUUCAUUUCUACCCCUCCACCACAAUGUUAGAUCAAGCAGCAGGUACUGUGCUCCGUGACGCGUUAACCCUGCCAGAAGCAUUCAGAGACAAGCCAGGACCCAAACCAGGGGCAAGGAAGACGGCAAGUCCGGUACCAGUGCCCACGGCCAUGUACAUAUCUGUUGCGGGUAAAGGCCAGGCUGGUUCCCAGCAGGAUGGAUCCACGCCGAAGCCGCCCAUUGUACUGCUGCCCUCUCACUCUGCUGGCCAAACUUCAGCAUCUGCUGCGACACAAUCUAUACUGGAUGCAGUUGAAGUGGAGAUGGUGAAACAAAGGUGGCAAAAGGAGAAUGCAAACAGCACAUUGAAGAACAAAUAUAACAUGCCCAAACACGCUACAUGUGAGGUUGUAUUCACCUAUGAUGGUGUGUGUGAGAGGAGAAAGGUCACUGGUUCAUUGGUUACAAAAAUUGAAAGUUUGAUCAACAUGGAAUUAAAUCCAGAGAGCCAAGAAAGUGUGAUGUUACCAUCCAGACUGGGGACCAGUGGCAGCACUCAGAAGCAUGGGAAUUCAGAAGCAUUCAUCUGUGAUUUAAUGUCUGCCAAGCAGGAAAUAUACAAGACAUUGUCAAGGACGACAUUGAGUGCAAACGUGUUUAAGCACCUGCUAAAAUGGAUGAGGACACUGAAGCUGGAAAAACAAAGCUCAGGAAAAUUCCAUCUCUCUGAACGGAGUGCUGUCAGUCAUUUUCAAGUUGGAGUUCAAUCAGGUGACCCUUGCCAACAACUGGAAUGUACAUCUCCUUCAGGGUUAUCUGAUUCUCCAAAAUCAUACACGACCAAUGAAAUUCCUUCAAGUGAAAAAUUAUCCAGUGCUUCCAUUUUGUCCGGUAAAUACGCAAACCUGACUUUGCCCGAAUCUGUCCGAGAAAAAUCUAUGUCGAACACUGGUGCAAAAAUGCCAGCUGGGUCUGUGAAACUUGGCGAUGGGACGUAUCUAGUCCCAAUUCCUGGUAAACAGAUUCAAGUUGGUGAGUUAACCUCCAGCGAAAAACUUGAUGUACGUUACAUACAGUCUGCAAGUGGAAAAAUACUUCCUGCCCAUAUUAUUAAUGCACAAGUUUCUCAAGUGAUGUCACCAUUAUCAUCAACAUCAUCAUCACCACCAAUUCAAAGCCCACUUCCCAGAUCUGAAUCUCCUAAGCCGAAGGUUAACCCUGGAAAGGGAAGAAGGUCAAAGGGAAGCAUGACGGAACGAUGUGGUAACAAAAGUGAAAAUGAGAGUGAUGAAGGUGAUAAGGAUGAACAAAGGGUUUAUGAUGCUGAUAAGUUUGUCAUUGUGAAAACAGAACCUGUUGAAUACUCAGAGUAUGAUUCUGAUGAUGAAAAACAGUCAUUUUUAAAUCCUGGAUUGCAAAUCUCCAAUACUGUGUCAGGGGCCGAAGCAAGUGCUCAUUUUGAGUAUGUCAUUAAACCUGAGCCUCCAGACGACUAUUAGUCGCAUUCUGAGAAAUCUGGGCAUAAUGCAUGUGCGUUAAGUGUCGUUUCAGAUUACACUGCACAGGCUAAUCAGGGACGACACUUUCCGCCUAAAUUGGAUUUUUGCUAAGAAGAUACUUCAUUUUAAUGUAAAAUGUCAUAAAAGCUGAAAGUGUCGUCCCUGAUUAGCUAAUCUGUGACGACACUUUACGCGCAUGCAUUAUGUCCAGUUUUCUCAGAACACGACUAUUAAUCAUUCUGACGAAAAUGUUAUGAAGUAAAAUAGCAGCAUUUGAUAUUGACAGUAACUUCUGAAUAGUACAUUUGAAGAGCUUGUAUAAGCUUUAUUUAUUUGUAUUUCUGGAAAAAUGUAUAAUAAAAAAUAUGUAGCUCAAUAGUAAGCGUUCUGAUGCAGCUGAAAUCUUAGUCAUAAAUUAACAAAAGCAAUUAAAAAAAAGAUUAUAUUUGUACGCAGAAAUCCACUGUCAGGCUUGAAGUCUAAAGCAUGUUAUUUAGUAUUCACAUACAGUCCACUCUCGUUAUCUCGACAUCAGAUAUCUCGAUAUUCUCGAUAUGUCGAAGUAAGCUCAAUGUCCCAACUUUUUUCCUUCUUUAUCUAUAUAAAUAAACAUCGCAUAUGUCGAUUUUCGUUAUGUCGAAUAAUUCGAUAUCUCGAUAUAAAACUUUGUCCCGAGUCCCGAUUUUACAUGUAUUUACUGUGGUUUAUCUCGAAGUGCGAAUAACUGUUCAAGUGUCAGCAAAAGGUGAGAAAUUUUUCCUUUGAUACUUCACCGUUCCGCUUCGCCCGGCUGCUCCCGAUACUGUGCGGUAGGAAAUUGAUCCGUUAAUUGCAUCAAUAAUCACACGUGUGUAAUGUCGUUAGCCAUUAACACUUGAGUAAGGUCUGUCACUUUAACUGUCACUUUAAGAUCAAUUAACUGCAAUUAAUACACAGCCUGCCGAAAGGCCGAAAAACUAAUUGUUUUUACCAACAAUAUUCCAAAAUGCAUUGAGUUAUAUUUUUUACUAAUAAUCGAUUGAACUUUGCAUUUCAAACGACAAAAUGUACAUGUACAGUUUAGUAUUCCGGAACGUGAUUUACGCAUGAUCAGAUGGAAAUCCCUCGUCUUGAUUGGACGUCAAUUGCAUCAUAACUUUAAAUAGCAACAUUACCGGAUGUUUUCUAGACAGUUUAGAAAUAUUAUAACCGCAUGCAAUUAUGUUAUACUUAAAACGUCAUUUUAAGCAUUUAAAUAGCAAAAUUAAUCGUGCCUCGUAAAAACGCGUAUAUAUCAGGUAGAGAGUAUUACUCCACACGGUGACGGCUUUAGUUAGACCUCUAAGCUGGUAUUUAGAUGUUAAAAACAAGGUAUAUUUUCGUCUCAUAUUUCUUUGAAAACGCCUAAUCGGAUAUCUCGAACUCUCGUUAUCUCGAUAUUUUUUCUUGUUCCCACCGACUUCGAGAUAACGAGAGUGGACUGUAUAUGAUUUUUUUUGUCAGACAUUUUUAAAUAUCAUUCAAGAUGCUUUAAGAACACAAUGGGACACCAUAAUUAUGAAGUCUUCUAAACAGACUAGAAAACAGAGAGUUAUGAUAGUUUGGAUUAAACAUUUUACUUUAGAAUGUUGAUAUACCCUACUUUUAAUGUUUUUUUAGUUUCUAGGAGGUUAAUAUUAUGAAUAUGAUUCUGUAUUUUAAAUUGAAAUUACAUUGUAACAUUUAUGGGAAAUUGUAAGUGUGUCAGAAUUUAAAUGGAUGUUGUUGUUUUUUUAAGUGAUGUCACUUAGUGGUACGCGAAUACAAAUGACUCUUGUUAUAUAGAAGUUUUUUUUGCAUUUGGAUAGUUUUGACGAAAAAAGACAGAGGGUGCAUAGUCAAGUGCACAAGAUGAGUCUUAUUUUUUAUUUGCAAUCUUUUAUAUUAAAAAAUCAUAACAUAUGUUUUAAUGUAUUUUUUUAUGGUUAUGUACUUUGUUACUUCACUUUACUUAGUUAUGUGAGUUAAUAUACUAAGGACUGCACACAAUGCAAUAAUUUUGAUAUGCAAAUAACCUUAUCUAUAGUUAUAGGCUAAAUUUAAGGACAAGUUAGUUCUAUCACUAUUUCUAAAUAAGAUGCGUACAAGCAUAAUUUAAAGCCAAAACAUUUUAAUAAUAAUACAAAUAAAUAAAAUAUAAAUUACAACAGUAUUUUUGCUUAUUUUUGCUUCAGUGAUAAAUCUGUAGCCCAUGUUCACAAAGCUUUUUGGAGCAAAUUUAGUUUUUAAUCACCAAGUUCUUGAAGACAGGUUCUUUUAUGCAUAUGUCUACAGUAGUGAAUUAUCUAGAAUGAAAUGGCAGGAUUGUACACUUAGAUUUCAUGAUUCACUUUAAACAUUUCAAAACAUAUUUUCAUGAAAAAUGUUGUCAUACACGUUGCUUUUAUCAGCUUUUUUGCACAAUUACAUCUUUAGCUGGAUUUUAUAUAUCUGCCCUUGGUUUAUUGCAUUGCUUUUUUGCUGUCCAUCUGUACGUCAGUCUAAAGACCUUUUGGUUCCUCAUGAUGGAUUUUUAUGUUUAUAGAAAAAAAUAUAUAUGAUUGAAAAAAACUCAAUAAAAACCAGUUAUUUAUUUA